AUGACCAUCUUCCAUUUAGCUGCCAUCAACCAAGAAAGUAUGCAUGUCGAUCCGGACAAAGUCACACUUCAUCAAGUGACAGUGUAUGGUGAAGAGUCGCAGGAUGAGAUGGAAGUGAUUCCACGCAGAAAUGGUGACGAGUCGACGGACGCCAGAGGAGAGGAUUAUGCGUAUGGAUUGGAGUAUCAGAACGCUGUCACACCCAAUGGCACCUACACCAUCUACGCGCCCGAUUCGACAUAUGCGCAAUACUAUCCGUACCAAAACAACAUGCAAUCAAGUCCACAAGACAACGGUGCCUACCAGGUCCUCGCCGCUCCACAAUCCCCAGUCUCCAUGGACGAUCAGGAUGGCAUUCAGCAGCCGAAUGCUCAGCGAGCAUCGCCAGCGACGGUCAAUUGGCUAUUCGACAACUAUGAGAUUGCGGAGGGCUCUUCGUUGCCGAGAUGUCAGCUGUAUGAUCAUUAUAGGAAACACUGCGCUGAGCAUCGUAUGGACCCCGUGAACGCCGCCUCCUUCGGAAAACUCAUCCGCUCAGUCUUCCAAAAUCUCAAGACGCGUCGGCUCGGCACUCGCGGAAACUCCAAAUAUCACUAUUAUGGAAUCCGGAUGAAAGAGGGAUCGACACUAGGCCAAAUCGCACCUCAGGAGAAUCUUCUUAUCCAGGAUAAUACGUAUAUUCCGCCAAUGCAACAACUGGUUCAACAAAGAGACGCGUAUGCUGACACCGUUAAUCAGGUGGCCGGGGUGAAGGUCUAUUUGGAUGGAGAGAUUCCACAGAAGAGGAUGAAGAAGGAGCAGCAUCACUCAUCGUCAUCCUGCUCUUCCAGGGAUAGUAUCUCCCCACCACUCGACAUUAUCCCAAAUCAACAAGUGCUCGUCCAUCAGACCAGUGUCGACGGUGUCCUCCCCCCACAACCACAACUUCAGAUCAAUAUCCCCGCCUAUGUGUUCACGGAGAGUGAUAAGGCGGCACUUGGAAAACUUGACAUGCCGCCGGUACCAUUUCAUAAUAAAGAACAGUUGUUGGUGACGAUCAAUUUCCGCAAACUCGGCAUGGGCAUCGACGAACUCAACAAACUCAUCGAUUGCUAUCAUUUCAUGUGCAAGGAAGUGCUAACACUUGUCAAAAACGUUCAGUUCACGAGUGUAGAAGACGUGUGGGCACGCUUCUGGCUCGGCGGUGGUGGCAUCUCUCACGAAUCGUUGUCUGCUCUAUGCACACUGGAUAGGGUACAGGAAUAUAUAAUUCAGGCGGAUCUAGCCCUCUACCAGACUAUUGUGGACUGCCUGAUUCCGAAUGUGUUGCUCAGCGAGUUGUCUGCAGGAAUGACUCAAUCCUGUAGAACCUUCGCGAAAAAUAUCGAUUUAUACCUGAAAAAAGCGCUUCAAGAUGGCAAAAUGACGGAUGGUUUUAUCAAGAAAAAGCUGCAGGCUAUCAAGUACAUGCAGCAAGGACUCAAGAGGUACACGUCGCUGAAUCACUUGGCUCACGCCGCCCGUGGAGUACUUAUGAAGGAGGAGCAGUGUCAACAAAUGUAUCAGGACUAUAUAAAAGUGGAUAUCAAUACAGUACACCAGCAAGCCGGUUGGAUUUGUGGGUGUGAUAGUCUGAUGGUGACUCAUGUGAACAACGCGUUCAAACAAAACCUCCAACAAAUGAGUCCGAUGAGUGUAUGGGCGGAAUGGUUGGAGAGUAUCGUUGAUCAGGUACUUGCCAAGUACCAUGACAAACCGGCUGAAGUGGUGUCCAAUGUUGGGAAGCAGUUCUUGCUCAAUUGGAGCUUCUACACGUCGAUGAUCAUUCGAGAUCUCACACUGAGAUCUGCGAUGUCGUUCGGAUCGUUCACGUUGAUUCGGUUGCUGGCUGAUGAUUAUAUGUAUUAUUUGAUCGAGUCGAAGAUUGCGAAGGCCGGCAAACAACAACUCAUCACGGUAAUCCGCCAGGAGAAAGAUUGGCCCCUCGCGAAGAACAAUCAGGAGUAUAUAGUGACCGACAGCUCGGAGGAUCAGGAUGUCAGGCAUAAUGUUGUGUAA